CUCAAGCAGCCCCUAUCCAUGUGCUGCCUCCGAGCUGCUCUCUUAUUACUGCUCACUUCCUGAAAGGAGACUUUUUAGCAAAGCCUCCAACUCCAGCUCUGCCUGGGUCUGACAGAAGAAGGUUCUUAAGGAAGGCGACACAAACCCUCAGCCUGGAAACUUUCUGACACACGCAGGGCUGAGGGGGAGAGAGGAGCUUUUGGCUGCUGCUGGGAAAAAGAAGAGGAAAAAAAAAAAAAGAGAGAGAGAGAGAGAGAAACUGAAGGAAUUAAAAAGGAAAAAAAAAAAAAAAAAAAGAAGAAAGAAGGGAAAGCACUCAAAAAGGGCGAUGCCGGCGCUGGGGACGCGCCCGUGCUGACCCCUCGCUGCUGGCCCGGCACUGCCACCCCCGCGGCCUCGGGAGAGCACGGAGCGGCCGAGGAUGCCUGCGGAGGGACCCGCGACUCCUCUCUGCACAUAAGGGGUGGCCGAGGGAGAGACAUGUGGGGACAGCGCCCUGCCAGCCGGCACAGAUCUCCCUGCUCCGAGCCGAGCGGCGCUGACCAUGGCCACAGCCUGGAGGCUCCUCGCCUGGACCGUGACCCUCGGCCUGGCCGGGGGCGCCUUCCCCGGGUUCUCCUUCCAGUCACAAGAGGAAUUCCUCUCCAGCUUGGAUCACUAUGAGAUCGCCUUCCCCAUCCAAGUGGACCAGAACGGGGAUUUCCUCACCUUCGACAUGCGCCGGCAGCUGAAGCCGCGGCCCCGGCGCUCGCUGCCCUACGAGCCCUCGGAGCAGCAGGUCUUCUACAAGGUCUCUGCCCACCACACCCAGUUCCUGCUCAACCUGACCCUGCACUCCAACCUGCUGGCCGAGCACUUCACCGUGGAGUACUGGAAGCGGGAUGGAAUGGACUGGCAGCACGACUUCCACGAGGAUUGCCACUACGCCGGCCACCUGCAGGACCAGUACCUCAGCUCCAAGGUGGCCAUCAGCAACUGCAACGGGCUGCACGGGGUGAUCGUGGCGGAUGAGGAGGAAUAUUUCAUCGAGCCCCUGAGCCCCGGGGCCAACGUCAGCGCGGGGGCUGAGGGCAAGGGCAGCCCCCACGUGGUGUACAAGCGCUCCUCCCUGCAGUACCCCCACAUGGAUGCAGCCUGUGGAGUGAUGGACGAGAAGCCCUGGAAGGGGAGGCACUGGUGGCUGAGGACGCUGAAACCCUCCCCGCUGAAGCCAUCGGGCAACCACAGCCAGCGGGGGCAGCUGCCCCUCAAGAGGUCGGUGAGCAGCGAGCGCUACGUGGAGACGCUGGUGGUGGCUGACAAGAUGAUGGUGGGGUACCACGGCCGCAGGGACAUCGAGCAGUACAUCCUGGCCAUCAUGAAUAUUGUUGCCAAACUUUUCCAGGACUCGAGUCUGGGCAAUAUUGUCAAUAUCCUGGUGACCCGGCUGAUCCUGCUCACCGAGGAUCAGCCCACGCUGGAGAUCAACCACCACGCAGGGAAAUCGCUGGACAGCUUCUGCAAGUGGCAGAAAUCCAUCGUGAACAGGAACGGCAACGGGAACGCCAUCCCUGAGAACGGCAUCGCCAACCACGACACGGCCGUGCUGAUCACCAGGUACGACAUCUGCAUCUACAAGAACAAGCCCUGUGGCACCCUGGGCCUGGCCCCCGUGGGGGGGAUGUGUGAGCGGGAGAGGAGCUGCAGCAUCAACGAGGACAUCGGGCUGGCCACCGCCUUCACCAUCGCCCACGAGAUCGGCCACACGUUUGGCAUGAACCACGACGGGGUCGGCAACAGCUGCGGCUCGCGGGGGCAGGAGACGGCCAAGCUGAUGGCAGCUCACAUCACCAUGAAGACCAACCCCUUUGUCUGGUCCACCUGCAGCAGGGAUUACAUCACCAGCUUCCUGGACUCCGGGAUGGGACUGUGCCUGAACAACGCCCCUCCCAAGCAGGAUUUCAUCUACCCCACGGUGGCCCCGGGCCAGGCGUACGAUGCCGACGAGCAGUGCCGCUUCCAGUACGGAGUCAAAUCCCGCCAGUGUAAAUACGGGGAGGUGUGCAGCGAGCUGUGGUGUCUGAGCAAGAGCAAUCGCUGCAUCACCAACAGCAUCCCCGCGGCCGAGGGCACCAUCUGCCAGACCAACACCAUCGACAAGGGGUGGUGCUACAAGAGGGAGUGUGUGCCCUUUGGGACACGGCCAGAGGGCGUGGAUGGCGCCUGGGGCUCCUGGUCCUCGUGGGGCGAGUGCAGCCGGAGCUGCGGCGGCGGCGUGUCCUCGUCCGUGCGCCACUGCGACAGCCCCAGGCCCACCAUUGGAGGGAAGUACUGCCUGGGAGAGAGGAAGCGCUACCGCUCCUGCAACACCGACGACUGCCCGCCGGGCUCGCAGGAUUUCCGAGAGCUGCAGUGCGCCGAGUUCGACAACGUGCCCUUCCGAGGGAAGUACUACACCUGGAAAACCUACAGGGGAGGGGGUGUCAAGGCCUGUUCCCUCAACUGCCUGGCCGAGGGCUUCAACUUCUACACGGAGCGAGCGGCGGCCGUGGUGGACGGGACCCCGUGCAGGCAGGACUCCAAUGACAUCUGUGUCAACGGGGAGUGCAAGCACGUGGGCUGUGACCGGGUGCUGGGCUCCGACUCCAAGGAGGACAAGUGCCGGGUGUGUGGGGGAGAUGGCAGCUCCUGUGAGACCAUCGAGGGCGUCUUCAACCAGUCCCUGCCCGAGGGAGGUUAUGAGGAGGUGAUCCAGAUCCCCAAGGGCUCUGUGCACAUCGACAUCCGGGAGCUGAACCUCUCCAUCAACUACCUGGCGCUGCGAGGGGAGAGUGGUGAAUAUUUCAUCAAUGGGAAGCUCUCCAUCGAUCCCCCCCGGCGCUUCGACAUCGCCGGCACCACCUUCCACUACAGGAGGUCCCCUGAGGAGCCCGAGUCACUGGAGGCUUUGGGACCCACCAAUGUCACCCUCUUUGUCAUGGUGCUGGUGCGGACGGAGCUGCAGGGGAUCCGCUACAAGUUCAACGCCCCCGUGGGCAGGGACGGCUCCAGCCUGUACUCCUGGCACUACACCCCGUGGACCAAGUGCUCUGUGCUGUGUGCAGGGGGCAGCCAGAUCCAGUCUGUGGUGUGCAGGAAGCUCUCUGAUGGCUCCACCGUGCCCAACCAUUUCUGCAGUGCUGACACCAAGGUGCCUGAGAGGCAGAGGAGCUGCAACACCGAGCCCUGUCCCCCGGGCUGGGCCAUUGGGAACUGGUCCGAGUGCAGCCGGAGCUGCAACGAGGGCGUCCGGACCCGCAGCGUCUUCUGCAAGAGGAAGAUCUCUGCCAGCGAGGAGAAAACCCUGGAUGACGCCUCCUGCAGCCAGCCACGGCCAAAGAUGCUGGAGCCCUGCAACAACCAAACCUGUCCUCCAGAGUGGGUGGCCCUGGACUGGUCAGAGUGCACCCCCAGCUGCGGGCCCGGCUUCCGCCACCGCAUCGUGCUGUGCAAGAGCGGCGACCACAGCGUCACCCUGCCCACGGCGCAGUGCCACGAGGCUGCCAAGCCCCCCACCAGCAUGAGGUGCAACCUGCGGCGCUGCCCCCCGCCCCGCUGGGUCACCGGCGAGUGGGGAGAGUGCUCUGCCCAGUGUGGCCUGGGGCAGCAGAGGAGGUCUGUGCAGUGCCUGGCUCACACGGGGCAGCCCUCCCUGGAGUGUGUGGAGGCCCUGCAGCCCCCUGGGAUGCAGCAGUGUGAGACCAAGUGCGAGUCAGGGCCCACGGACAACCCUGAAGAGUGCAAGGAUGUGAACAAGGUGGCCUACUGCCCGCUCGUCCUCAAGUUCAAGUUCUGCAGCCGGACCUACUUCCGACAGAUGUGCUGUAAAACCUGCCAGGGGCACUAGGACACAGCGGGACCCCCGUGCCACAACUGGAAGGCCAAAGCUCUGCCAGAGGCUGCCCCAGCCCUGCCCUCCCUGCCCACCCUGGGAAUCUCCCCUGGCUCCCACAAACUCCAGCGUCACCCCAAGCCAUCCCCACAGCCCCCCCUGGGCCCCCAGCUUCACAAUGGCAGGUUCCCAGUUAAACCACUGCAGCCCCAGCUGGGUGAGCGCUGGGCGAGGGGGGAGCUGGGCAGAGCAGGGACUUUACUUGAAAUGCUGAUGUUGUUAUUUAUUAGGAGCGGAGCCAGGUCCUGCAGGCACCGCUGGGGGAGCAGCUCCACUCCUGCCCCGUCCUGCUGCGUGUCCCCAGGGGUCAGCAGGGGUCUGAGUGUCCCCAGGGGUCAGCAGGGGUCUGAGUGUCCCCAGGGAUCCCCACAGGGUCUGAGUGUCCCCAGGGAUCCUCACAGGCCCUGAGUGUCCCAGGGAUCAGCAGGGGUCUGAGUGUCCCCAGGGGUCAGCAGGGGUCUGAGUGUCCCCAGGGAUCAGCACAGGCCCUGAGUGUCCCCAGGGAUCAGCACAGGGCUGGAGUGUCCCCAGGGAUCCCCGCAGGGUCUGAGUGUCCCCAGGGAUCCCCACAGGCCCUGAGUGUCCCCAGGGAUCCCCACAGGCCCUGAGUGUCCCCAGGGAUCAGCACAGGGUCUGAGUGUCCCCAGGGAUCAGCACAGGCCCUGAGUGUCCCCAGGGAUCAGCACAGGCCCUGAGUGUCCCCAGGGAUCCCCACAGACCCUGAGUGUCCCCAGGGAUCAGCACAGGCCCUGAGUGUCCCCAGGGAUCCCCCCAGGGCUGGAGCACCCCGGGGCUCAAGGGGAUCCCAGGGCACACAGGCAGGAGGGUUCAGUUGCCUCAUGUGGCCAGCAUGGCUCGUCCUGCUGGGUGAUGGAUGCAGAGGAGCUGCUGUGGGGAGCAGGGCUGGGCAGGGGUUUUGUCCCCUUGGUUUGCACCCUGUCACCUCGGGACUGGCAGCAGGGGACAGGGAGCAGGUCACCCCCCAAGCAGAGGGUGACACCAGUUCAACUGGGAGAGGGGGUUCUCCAAACCCCAAUCUGGACUGGGGUGUUCCCCUAUUUGUCCUUAACACCCUCAUCACUUUCAGGACCAGUUUUUAUCCCUUGAAGCACGAGCUGAGGUGGGGGCAGGGGAGAGCUCGGGGCACCUUCAUGGGCAUCGAGGCUGUGCCAGGCUCAGGGAGCAAAGCAGAGGAGGGUGCAGGACACAGAGGGUUCUGUCAGUGUCCCCAGGGCAUGAACAGUCCUGUCAGUGUCCCCAGGGUAUGAAGGGUCCUGUCACAGUGUCCCCAGGGCAUAAGGGGUCCUGUCAGUGUUCCCCAGGGCCUGAAGGGUCCUGUCAGUGUCCCCAGGGCAUGAAAAGUUCUGUCACAGUAUCCCCAUGGCUUGAGGGGUGCUGUAACACUGUCCCCAGGACAUGAACAGUCCUGUCAGUGUCCUCAGGGCAUGAAGGGUCCUGUCAGUGUCCCCAGGGCCUGGCCCUGCCCAGGAUCUCCUCAGCCUCUGCAGUGCCCCCAGUUCCAAAGGUGCUUGACUUCCAAAGGUGCUUUUCCUCCGAAAGGUGCUUUGCCUCCAAAGGCAGCCUGGCCAGGUGUGGCUGUGGCCUGGAGGUGCCAGUCCCAGUGCCACCCACUCCCCUGCCUCCAGUGAUGGGGAAAGAACAGGCUUGAAAUUCCUCCAGGUCACCUCGUGGCCAAACCUGGGCCAAAUUCUGCACGGGCAGCCUGUGGGGGAGACCUGACUUCAACUCUCCAAAGCAUUUGUUAGCAUUGUGAUUGUCAUUGUUAUGAUUAUUGUCAGGCCUUUCCACAUCACAGCCAAAGGUGUGUUUUGUUCCCUGUGGUGCAGGGAGGGGACAGCCCCUUCCCCCAGGGCAAAUCCCCCCGUGUUCCUGCCCCAGCUGCAUUUUUGUGUCACCUGCUCCUCGGCCGAUCGCAGCUUCUCUGGUGCUCAGCAAACCUCGUUUCUCUUCCUUCCUGGUGCCAUGCUCCAUUCUGAUGUGUUUUUUGGGUGAGGGGAGGGGGUGUUUUCACCAUUUUUAUAUCAAUAUAUAUCUACUGACCAAUGUUUAACAUACUAACUCUGGGGAGGAGCGACGUAAGGCAUGAAUUAUAAUAAAGGAGUAGCUACGAUCCCGGGCA